AUGAGUGUCGGGUUUAUAACGGCUUCGGGGAAAGACAUAACGGUAAGCGAAAAGGCACUUCAGAAAGCACGUCACCUAUUCGAACUCCUUGACGACGACGAUGACAAUAACGAUUCGAUUCGUGCCACUAUUGGAAACAGUGGCAAUGCUCGCUGUAGCAGUGUGGAAAAUAGCGCAUUGCGACGAAAUUCCAAGCGGAUCUCAUUAACUUUCAAAUCUCCUCUAGUUAAGAAUCCACGCCUUGACAACGUUAGCUGUAGUAGUAUUUUCAAUUCCCCAGUCAAGAAAAUUUCAACAGUGUCUGAGCAGUUAACUCCUACAAAACCGAAAAAUUCUGUUUGUGGUAAAGUUGGAAACGUCACUCCGAUCAAGUUGUUAACACCGUAUUGUAAGAAUUGGCGGUUGUGUAUCAAAGUUAUUUCUGUUGAUGAGAUAACAUGUAUUCGAGGUCAGCGUAUAUUCGCGUUUCAAGCAGUGGAUGAUGGUGGUGUUGAAAUUCGUGUCUGUGCUUUUGGUGACAUUGCACAUAGAACUGCUGCUCUGAUUUGUCCGGAACAAAUGUAUUAUAUUACGCAUGCAUCGGUGAAAAUGGCAAACAAAAGAUAUAGCCGUAAUCAGCACGAUAUGGAAGUUGUACUUCGACCAGAUAGUGAGGUUACAAAAUGCACAGAUCGGCCUCAAAUAUUAUCGCCUAAAGUAAAUUUCGAGUUUGUGCGUAUUCACAAUUUACAAAGUUUUAUCGACACAGAAAUAGAUGUACUGGGAACUGUGAUCCACAUUGGUGAAAUGAAGCAGCUGAAAUCAAAAACUGGAGAAGAUCUGCAAAAACGUGAAAUACAAAUCGUUGAUGAUAGUGGUUACUAUGUUACUGUAAAUCUGUGGGGACAGAAAGCAAAAAUUUUCCCGAGUGAACAAUAUCAGCAUGUACUGGCUGUCAAGGGGUUGCUUGUGCGUUGUUUUCAAGGAACGAUAUCUUUAGUUUCAAUGACCUCUACUAAAUUGUUACACGAUCCACAUUUUCCGGAAGCCGAUGCGCUUCAGUUUUGGUACAGUAAGAACAAAGACAAAGCUUUCAAAUCUGCAUCAGUAAAUCAGGUUUCAUCAUUUAAGGAACACCGAUGGAUCAAGCAACUAAAAUUCUCAGUAGAUGGUCAUUUUUUCAACUUAACUGCUAUGAUUUCUUCUAUUUUUAUAGAAAAUGCAGUCUAUAAGGGUUGCUUGACUUGUAAGAAAAAGUUAUUGGUCGAAAAGGAUGGCGAUCUGUACAUAUGUUCAAAAUGUGGUAUUUGCAACGAGUACAAAUAUUAUUACACUCUACACAUGGAAUUAUUCGAUUUUACGGGAACUGUUCAUGUGACUGCAUUUGAUGAUUGUGCACAGAAACUGAUAGGAGAACAGGCGGAUGAAGUUGCUAAAUUGUUGAUAUUUGACAGAGACCGAUACCAAUCAUCUUUCAAAAGUGUGCUUUUCAAACCGUAUAUGUUUCGACUUGGUGCACAAAGGAGAGGAAAUACUGACUGCUCGACCGCUUCAGCUAAAACAAAGCAAGUUUAUUUUUGGUCGGUGAAGGAUGUGAUUACGAUGCCUUUCGAUAGCUAUUGUACAUUUUUAGAACGUACCAUUGAACAUAUGAGCAGUGGAAUAUUUAUAGAAAAGUGA